UUGUUUUCACUGCUGCUGUAACAAAUGAAUUUCCCACAAGUGGAAUAAAUGAAAUAUAUCUUAUCUUAUUGUAUCCUAUCUUAUCUGCAAUUAACUUUACUUCGCACGCGCACCCACCCACCAAUCACCACCCACCGCCAUCCUCAAAUCCACGUUAGCGCGCACCUGCACAGCUUCUGGAUCUCAUCAACCUGAUUUAAUGGCACAGCUGUGCAGCGCUUCCGGUUUCCCAGUCCGCUUCUUUGGUCUCUUCUGACGGCAGAAAGAAGCCGAACGGACCAGUCAGCUACCAUGGCGUCCACACUGAUGGCUUGGGUUUGGAUCGGUUUAACUCUAGCCCAGCUCAACAACGCAGAGAGCCAUCGGUACACCCACGGACCUCAGGCCGAGCAGGACGAGCGUCACGACAGCAACGAGCAGCCGUUUGAGGAGGCUAUAGAAAACUGGACCGACCAAAGUUUUCCAGCGCCGGUGUGGAAUUUCCUCCAAGGGAGUGGGCGAAAUCCAGAGACAUCAGAUUUCAACCAGCCACAGUAUCGCUGCAGUAAUGGAACACUCUUCUUACGUUUUUCACUCAUUCGAUACACAAAUCUGCGUCUGGAAGAUGGAGCUCGUUUGUUGUUCCUGCCAGACAGGUGUCACAGUUCUGUUCAAAUUUAUAGGUGGUGGUUGCUGGUGAAGCUUUCCUAUUCUGGCUGCCACACAGCAGUACAGACUGCUGACGGAAUUGGUUCCCGCCCAUUGAAACUACGAUAUUUUGACCGUCUGCUGCAGCAGAACAUGACAGUCAUGGCAGUGUGUGAUGAUCCAGCAAUGUCACCACAGGGAGCAGCACCACUGGUGACUUGUAGAACAACACAUGUCAGUGUGAAGCUGCCUCAUGAAACAAAACUGAGGAAGGUGAAAGAGCUUGAUUUUUUCACAAACGAAGGAUACUCAGUGAGACAAUGGAAGACCUCCAGCACAUUAUUUGUGGAUAUAUCAAAGUUACCAGACAGAGAUUCUGGCUUUGAACUGAUUUACAUUGAUGCUACCGGGAGACUGUGUGCAACACUGGCAGCUUGCCCCCCUACAUUGCCAAAAAAAGUUGGGAGACAUCACGUUAGGAGAGCUCUAGAGGAGCCAGAUUUAUUUAACCUGUGGGGCUUCGAUGAAAUUCCUGAUGAACCAUUUGAUCCAGAAGAAGUACUGACGACAACAACAACAACACAAACACUGGUUAGCUCAGAGACCGAUACAGUAGAGGAAAAUUAUUAUGACUCAGAAGGAGGAUUUUAUGAUUUGUGGGGAUUUGAAGAAAUUCCUGAAGGGCCAUAUGUGGGAAUAGAUGUAGAGAUUCCUGGCACAACGUCUACCACUGCUAUUCUAGCCACAUCAACAACUCAAGCUUUGUCUACCGCAGUUACUACUACCACCACCACACCUGCCAUAACGACCACCACCACCACCACUCCUCCUGCCAUCACGACAACAACCACCACCACUGCAGCUCCUGCCAUAACGACGACUACCACUACCACCACUGCGCCUGCUAUAACGACGACUACCCCCACCACCACUCCGCCUGCUAUUACGACGCCUACCACCACUGCAGCUCCUGCCACUACGACAACUACCACCACAGCUGCGCCUGCCCUAACAACAACGACCACCACCACUGCUGCGCCUGCCCUAACAACGACCACCACCACUGCUGCGCCUCCCCUAACAACGACCACCACCACCGCUGCGCCUGCCCUAACAACUACCACCACCACUGCUGCACCUCCCCUAACAACUACCACCACCACUGCUGCACCUGUCCUAACAACAACCACCACCACUGCUGCGCCUCCCUUAACAACAACCACCACCACUCCUCCUGCCAUAAAGACCACCACCACCACCACCACCACUACUACCACUACCACUCCUGCCACGACAACCACCACCACAACCACUGCCACAACGUCCUCCACAACAAUGUUGCCACCCUCUACUAGCAGUGCUUCCACUGCUGCCAUUAGUUCCUCCACCACAACUGGCACCUCUACCACCACGGGUGCCUCUUCCACUAGUGUCUCAGGAAUCUCCACUAUGAUGGGUGCCUCAUCUACGUCAAAAUAGAAGAGGACUGACAGUAUGCAGCUGAAGAAUGUACGAUGAAAAAUGACUCACAAAUUAAUAAAUCUACAUAAUACUGAAAUAAAGACAUAACAUUUUAAUGUUUAAUAAAAUAAAUGUUGAUUAA